AAUUAAUUUUCAAUACCUACUGUAAUAAAAUUUCAUUAAAGUAUUAUUGCUAAUUACUGCUUUUGCAUAAUGAUAAAAGAUUAUGUAAGACUGAACAAACGUCUUUGCAAAACGUCGCGAAAGAUUCACUGCAGGACGUGAAGAAAUGAAAUUUUGGAUUGUGUUAUGCUCUGCAUUGUAUAUAACCACGAAACUAGUAAUAUGCAAAAGAAGUCCUCUUAUGAAUAGUGCACUUAAGAAAGCAUGCGAUAUCGUUACGUACACCUUAUUUGAAGCCUCAGAUUUAAAAGAAAAGGCAGAAGUUCUCAGAAAUGUAGAGGAAAAAUGGAAUAUUUUUUCUCCUACAGAGGAAAUAAAUAAUGACUUUAUGAACCUUGUAAUACAUGCAAUAAAAAGCAUGGUUUCAAGAGAUGACUACAGACUUUGUACAGAUAUAUCCGACAUGGCUAAAGAUGCUUUACUAAAAAUGUUUAAUCUAACCGAGCCUUCAACAACCAAGGCCCCUGAAUCAAAACCGAGCAUGAACGACGAAAAGAAAAAAAAUAUGUUAAGGGAAACUAUACACAAAAUAGACGCACUGGUUAGUAAGGCUUUACAAAAAUCAAAAAGUGACGAUGACAAACAAAAGAUAAUAGAUUUUAUUAAAAAAAGAAUCGAAAACGCGUUUCAGCCAAAAGGAAAACCAAACGAGGCUAAUUUGUAUGCAAGAAUAAUUUCUGAGAUUAUAGAUAUGAUGGUGAAUAAAAGCACCCAACGUCCUGUAAAGGCAAAAUACAGAAGCCUUGAUGAAGCUGCACCAACAGACGUAUGGCGAAAAAGGAAUGAAGCCGCCCUAGGAGGAAUUCAAAACCUCGUGCAUAAUCCAUCGCAGUCAAAACUGAUACCAUCAUCAAAGGUUAAACCAACACUGGAAAAUGAUAUUCACAACAGCGGAAAAGACAUAGUGGACAAUAAUUUAGGCGAGAUAAUUACUCCUGGUCCCUUCAUAGGUCUGACGAAAGAGUACGAUUGUCGUGAGAUAGUAUCACAAAUGUGCAUGAAGCUGAGAAAUGUUAGUGAAUUUAAAUGUGAAUCGGAUGAUGAAGUCGUAGGAAUACAGCAGUUUUGCGACGGUACAGUUGAUUGCGCGGACGGGUCUGACGAAAUAAAUUGCGCAAUACAUGCCGUGAAUAGAAUUCAAGCUGCUACACAAAUAGUCGCGGAAAUAGACCUAGCGAAAAAUUGUUUUGAUAACGCGAUCAGUAGUUCAAUGUUGCCGCAGCAAGGCGCUAUCCUGUCACAACUACUGCAAAAGCAAGUAGCUUUUAUCGAAAAAUACACAAACGAUUCCAAGAGUCGUACAUUUUUAAAAACAUCGUCUUAUAAUGAUAUACUAGAGGUUGUUACCGAAGUUGUGGCGAUCAUCAAAAGUUUCAGCCUCUCUUUGAACACUGCACUCUGUAUUGACGUAAACAAAGAAGUAGAUAAAAUGAUAAGUGAAGGAGAAUCGCUUCUCGAUGCUGAAACAACUUCCAUUAGAAAUGUCCACGAGAUGCUUGGAGAAUGCGAUUGCAAUAAUCAUGUUUGCUUAAAAUCUACUUGCCCUGCGGUCUGUAAACGCAUUUGUUACCAAACUUACUCAUUAUCGAGAUGGGCUUGCAAACCUGUCAAGGAAGGUGCCGCAGGUGUGAGUCUUGACGACAUUUGCGAUGGAAAAAAUGAUUGUUAUGAUAAAACCGAUGAGAGCAAUUGCGUUUCAGAUGAUUUUGAAGCAAACUUCAUAUUCGAAGAGAUUCUCAAAGCAACUAAAACAUAUUCUAUGUCUAAAAAUUUUGAAACUGUUCGAAGUAGACUAAUUUCUUUGCACUCUGCUGUCCGCCAACUUCAAAAACAUAGCAAGGGUCUUAACGAUAACAAUGCGAUUUAUAAAAUGGAAAGGGAUAACAUUUUUUCAAUGUUAAGCGAUAUCUAUUUGGAUAUUGUAGAGGAGUUUAAUGACAUGGACCGCGCAGAAGAAGCAUUUGUAUUGCUUGUUUCACUAAAUGAGAAGUUGGUACGUGCUUUGAAGCGAUCUUACACAGGAAAUGAGAAACCACGGACAAUUGCCGAAGUUUGUACUUGCCGGAAUAAAAAGUGCACUCAAUCGAACUGCACAAGGGAAUGUGUUAGGUUGUGUUUCGUGAGAGAUCUUUUAACUACAUAUCCAUGUAGUAAUAGUAGUGGUAAUCAUUCCGUAUAUAUUGAUAUUAUCUGUAACGGUAAAGUCCAGUGUCCAAAAGGAGAAGAUGAAGAAAAUUGUGGAAAAGAAAUUUGCCGCCGGCACCACCUUGUAGUGUUGCGUCAUAAAUUGCAAACUGAACUCGACAAAUACAAAUACACAGCACUAGAAGGUGUACUUGAAUCUUGGAAACGAAUGGCAUCGAAACGUAUUAGUGACGUCGAAAAGUUAGACCGUCUAUCUCCUUUGGUGUACAAGAUGCUCUUACAGGAUAUAUUAAGGGACUUGGCUGAGACAUACGCCAGUAAUGAAUCGCUCGAAGAGUCCAAAAUGGUCAGUAACGAGCGCAUACUUAAGAAGUACCACCAACUGGGCGUAAGUAUGAUGGAGCUGGCUAAAAGUUGUAGUAAGUGAAUUAAGGUUUUAAUAAACUU